AUCGAAAUUCCGUUGCGUGAAAAAGAACCUCCUGCAGCUAAUUCGUCGUCGUUGGUGCAAGAAUUGAAGAAAGUGGAAGAUGAUGCAAAGAUUUCCGGCUACAAUAGUGGUUCCUGUUCAAGUUCCUCGGCGCAGUUGUCCGCUGACCCAGCACCCGGCGCACCGGAGAAAGCACCGGCACCCACAGGAGCUGGUCCUGCUUCCCUCCAGGUACUUCUCAACAGUUACAUAAAUUUGUGUUGCACGAUAACAAACGUCCAAGGGGAAAGAUUGCGCGCUUCGCAUUACAAAUUUCGAAAGGAUUCACCUGCUGUUAAGGGAAUCGCGAGCUUGUCAUGCUAAGUAGCUUGAUCGUGUGGAGGGUGAUAGCAAAUUUGCAUGACAAAUCCAUGUACGGCUGAGAGUGUAACGUUUGAGAACGCCAUGUCCUGCUUCCCUCCAGGUACCUGUACCAGAACCGGACAUCAGCAUCCUCUCUGGAGUAAAGGAUCACGCGGGUGAAGGGCAAGGUGAAGGAGGUGGAGCCCCCGUGCCUUCUGGC